AUGCUCGGUCUUCAGAUUGGGAGUGAUAGAAGAUGUGACGACGAUGGUGUGAGGGGGAGGGGGAGGGGCUUGGAGUUGACUCUGACUUGCGCCGUGUCCCGUACCCAGUCAGCGGGAAUGACAUGGUACGGGGACGCAGCAAGGGGCUGGUCUGCUCCACGGACAGCAUCCUCGUUAGCGUCUUAUCAAGGGGGUUCCCCGCCGUCAAUAUCUUCCCUCCGGUGGAGCUUUUCUCUGCCUGAAACGAACGAAACUCUUUUGACAGGUGUUUCAGUUGAUUGUGGCGUAGGUCGAAUCUUUGUACUGCGGCGAGGUCAGUCACACCGCGAGGUAGCUCUGUUAUCAGGUUGUCAUGGAGAAUAAGAUGCUCUAGGGUUGCCAGUCUUCCAAUGUCUUGGCUGAGUGUCUGCAGAUUGUUGUUGUUGAGGUAGAGGACCGUGAGGUGAGGCAGAAGGGUUAAAGAGUCGGGGAAAACACUGAUUUGGUUGUGGUCCAGGUGGAGUCGCUGUAGCAAUGAGAGAUUGGUGAUGUCAUCGGGAAUCUCGGGAAUGCGAUUAUGACUGAGCCAGAGAGUGUGGAGGGAGGGGAGGGAGCAGACUGCCGUGGGAAACUGGCUAAACUGGUUUUCCUGGAGGAAGAGUUGGUGGAGAUGGGAAAGACGGGGAAGGAAGGGAGGGAGGGAGGUGAGGAGGUUGUGGCUGGCCCACAGUCUCUUCAAGUGGAUCAGAUCACACACUUCACUAGGCAGCUG